AUGUUUCGUACACAGACGAACCCGAUGGAUGACGCCGUCGUCAAGGCGACAGACGAAAACCUCACGAGCGAGAACUGGGAGCUCAUCUUGGACGUCUGCGAUCGCGUCAGCGGAAACUCAUCCGGACCUCAGCAAGCAAUCACCUCACUCAUCAAACGAUUAGCCCACCGAAAUGCGAAUGUUCAGCUGUAUACACUUGAGCUAGCAAAUGCGCUCUCGCAAAAUUGCGAUGUUGCGCUACAUCGCGAACUCGCUUCAAAGGCGUUCACCGAUGCGCUGCUGCGACUCGCAGACGAUCGCAAUACGCACGGUCAGGUCAAACAGAAGGUGAUGGAAAGGAUGAGCACGUGGACAGAGCAAUUUCGAAAUCAACCCGAACUGGGCAUCAUGGAGCAGGCCUACCACAAAUUACGACAGCGACAGCCAAGCUUGAUGCCUCCGAGUAAACCGGUCAAGAAAGAGAUAAGCAGCGAGGAUCGCAAAAAGGAGGACGAAGAGCUACAGAUGGCGUUGGCUUUAAGCAUCAAAGACAAAGGAGCCGCUUCGGCUGGCGAAGGACAAUCGAGUGGCGGCCAGGCCCAACAGUCGUCUGGGGCUCCGGUCGAACCUCAGGUGAGCACACAGCAGGGAACCACGGCUGCCACUGUAAGCCGAGUACGAGCGCUGUACGAUUUCACGCCCUCCGAAGCUGGAGAAUUGGCUUUUCGGAAGAAUGAUAUCAUUGCGGUUUUGGAGUCCGUAUACAAGGAUUGGUGGAAAGGUAGCCUCCGGGGACAGACUGGGAUUUUCCCGUUGAAUUAUGUGGAAAAGAUACAGGACCCAACCAAAGAGGAGUUGGAGCGAGAUGCCAACAUGGAGGCCGAAGUUUUUGGUGAGAUCAAGAACGUUGAGAGACUACUGGCUAUGCUCAGUGUCGGAGGAGAGUCUGGUGGCCGUCGAGGAGAACGCGAGGAGGAGGAAAUCAGCGAGUUGUAUCAACGGACUCUGAGUAUCAGACCAAAGCUGAUCGAACUGAUUGCAAGGUACUCGCAGAAGAAAGACGACUUCACGCAACUGAACGAGAAGUUUAUCAAAGCGAGGCGAGAUUACGAAGCGCUUUUGGAAUCAUCUAUGUCGCAACCGCAAUACCAGCAAUACCCCUACCAGCAGCAACGACAGUCCAUGUAUGGUGCACCAACCAACCAAGCGCUUCCACAUGGAGCUCCCCAACAAGCGCCUAGUCAAGCCUAUCAAUCGCACGCGCCACCUGCACAACAAUACCCGCCGCAAGCAUCAGGCCAUCCACAAGGCUAUCCAGUGCAGCAGCCGUUCCAACAGCAAAACCACCAGCACUUGCCGGCCCAGCAAGAACCGCAAAGAUUCUACUCUCCAGCUCCGACCGAAGCACCAAUCCCACAACAAUCAUACACACGACCCUACGCAACAUCCGAAAGCCAACAACCACAAGGUUCUGCACUUCCAGGCGUGGCCCCUUUUCACUUCAUACCCGGAGGUCUACAGGCAGCGCCACCUCCAUCAGCUGCAGAUGUGCGAAGACAGCCAAGCCCACAGCAAGCGCCGGCAAGUUUGCACAAUGGCGGCCCCUACAAUGCCCCUCAGGGCUUUCAGGGACAAGGUCGACCGAACAGCAUUCAUACUCUGAACAGUGGCAAUCCCUCCGAACUCGCGACACCCGGACUUGAAUCACCAGCCGAUCACCGCAACUCGUAUCCACCGUCUCAAGGGGGACAGCAGCCGCCGCAACACCACCAACAGCAGCAGCAGCAAGUAGCCGGCCAGGCGCCAGCGUACGAUCCCACUAUAGUGCCCGCACCUCUGUCUGUGCCUGCACAACCCCAACAUGCGCCUCCACAGAUCCCAUUCAGUGAUCGAGACGGUCUGCCGAGCCGGCAACGAGUGCCCAGUGGCGAAGCUUCAUCAAACGCAUAUGUAUAUGAGCAGCCGUCCGGAAAUGCUACCGGAGCAGACCAAGCACCACCACCGCAGAUAGCUGACAGCAACGCUCCGGCACAGACGUCGGCGCACGCACCGCCUGCUGCCGGGCCGAUCUACCAGGCCUACAAUCCCGGCCAAGGCUAUGCGCCGCAGAGUCAGCCCCAGCAGGGCCCACCUCCCAGCAAUGACCCUGGAGAUUAUUACCGUUGA